UGACCAUAGCGCCCAUCUCCGUAUUCAUCUUCCCACAAUAUCCUUCCCUGGCCUUCCCUGGUCCCAGAAAGGGCAACGUCCUUGUCGUCCAGAUGAGAGCUAACCAACCUUCCUUGCGUACUUAGUCGCGGUCGGAUGCAUAUGAUUACCCUUCAUCGAAGACCGAGUCUUCGCAUUACUACAACCACCGUGACCACCGUGAUAAAAACGGCUACGGGUCAUCUUCACCCUCUGUCAAUUCAAAGUUCCCUCCACGGAGCCCGCAUCCACACUCGCACCCUAAGAACGGUGCUGAUUCAAACAACACAACGCGUAUGGAUUCUCCCUCCACUCGCCACCGGAAUCCAUCGGAUUCUCUGUCAUCCACAAACCGACACACAUCCACCCCGGCGCCCUCGCUGCCCUCCAUAUUGAAUCCUGAGCCCACCCCUACCACUCCUGCAGCCUCGUCAAAUCAGACGCCAAGCCGUGCAGCGGAAUUAAUGUCAUUCUCAAAUAUCCUUUCCAGCGCCGAGCCGCUCCCCAAGCCUAAAGCACCCAUCAUGGCGGAAGUCAAGAAGGAGAAGGCGCCUCGCAAAAGCAAGACUCGCGAGUCGUUGCUUAGAGAUGCAGAGGGCGGCUCUAGGAAAGAAUCGCGUCGCUCUUCUGGUCACGCAAAAGAAGCCCCCGCUAAACCGCCUAAGAGGCAAGUUAAUGGCCAGCCCAAGCCCAAACCAAUAUCAGCCGACAAAGAGAAGAAAAUCCAGCAUCUUCUGGAGCAACUCGAUACGAAAGCUGAUGAUGUUGACCUGUCUGAGCUUGAUAUUGAGGAGCAAUUUUUCACGGGCCGGAUAAAAAAGCGCAAGCUCAAUCAGGAACAGGCAGAGUAUCAAGACAGCCUUAUCCGCCGCAGUGAUCUAUCUGGCUUUUUGUCACGAAAGUUGGUGGAUCACAUGACGCUUGCCAAACGUCGUUAUGACGAGUUACACUACGAGGAGGCGCUACACGAAGUUCGUGAGCGGGAGAUAUAUGCUGAGAAAGAACGAAAGAAGGACAUGCAGCGGAAGCGGCGACGCGAGAAAUCAAUGCAAGUUACUAUCGAGCAGAAGGAAGCAGCUCUGGCUAGAGCUCUUGCUGCUGAAGAUGAGGCCGAAAGAGCCAAGCACCUUCGCGAAGCGGAACGCGCCAACAAGAAGGCGCAGCAGACGAGGCUGAUACUACAAAAGGGUAUCAAGGGCCCAGCCCGCGGUCUGCAGGCUCUUGAGCUCAACUUGGAGGGUGGCACCAUGUCUUCGUUCCACGCUACAGACCAGGAGAGUAAUGGGAAGACGAAGACAAAGGGUCGGACUGGAACGCGUCCUAAAAAGUCGAAAGAACAGAAGCAAGCCGAGAAAGAUGCCGCCGAGGCUGCCCAGGCCGCCCUGGACGCUGGCGAGGAGCUUCCCGCCAGGGAAGAGACCAAGAUUCGUAUCAAGCUGAGCAAGUCUAAGGAUAAGGAGCCCAAGGACAAGGACAAGGACAAGGAGCCAAAGGAGAGCGCCAAAGAGCUUAAGGAGAAGGAGAAGGCUGCCGAGGAGCCUCCUCCUAAUCCUUUAGAAACCAAGUUUCAGUCAAAGGGUUUCAAUCAAAUCUAUGACCAGAUCUGGCGUGAUCUUGCACGUAAAGAUGUGGUUAAGACUUACAAAUUGGCCACGGAUUCUUACUCUACUAAGGCCUCCAAUCUGAAGAAGACGGCUAUUCUAGCUUCCAAAGAAGCCAAGCGCUGGCAGCUGCGAACAAACAAGGGCACCAAAGACCUUCAGGCUCGGGCUAAGCGAUGUAUGCGCGACAUGAUGGGAUUCUGGAAACGAAACGAGCGUGAAGAGAGGGAUAUGCGCAAAGCUGCGGAACGCCAAGAAUUAGAAAAUGCCCGCAAGGAAGAGGCCGACCGUGAAGCCGCUCGCCAGAAGAGGAAACUCAAUUUCCUGAUCUCACAGACUGAGCUCUAUUCGCACUUUAUCGGCAAGAAGAUCAAGACCGAUGAAGUUGAACGUAGCACAGAUAAUCCAGAUAUCGCCCCCGCUGCCGACGCCCCCGCUUCAAAUAAGAUGGACGUAGCCGAACCUACUGGUCCUAUAGGCUCCAAGGUGACAGACUUCAACCAGCUCAACUUCGAUGCCGAGGAUGAGGAAACAUUGAGAGCCGCGGCCAUGGCGAAUGCCCAAAACGCAAUUGCCGAAGCCCAGCAGAAAGCACGUGCCUUUAACAAGACACAGGACGACAUGGACGAAGAUGGCGAGAUGAACUUCCAGAACCCCACAGGCCUCGGCGACGUUACUGUCGAGCAGCCGAAGCUUCUGAACUGCCAACUAAAAGAAUACCAGCUCAAAGGUCUCAAUUGGCUUGCCAAUCUUUAUGAGCAGGGUAUCAACGGUAUACUGGCUGAUGAAAUGGGUCUGGGCAAAACUGUACAGUCCAUCUCUGUCAUGGCGUACCUCGCCGAAGUCCAUGAUAUCUGGGGUCCUUAUCUAGUAGUUGCGCCCGCCUCAACCUUACACAACUGGCAACAAGAAAUCGCCAAGUUUGUCCCCGAGUUCAAAGUGCUUCCCUACUGGGGCACGGCUGGCGACCGAAAGGUAUUGCGUAAGUUCUGGGAUCGGAAACAUAACACGUACCGUAAGGACGCACCGUUCCACGUCCUCGUCACAUCUUAUCAGCUGGUUGUUUCCGAUGUUGCGUACUUCCAAAAGAUGCGAUGGCAGUACAUGAUUCUGGAUGAGGCUCAAGCCAUCAAGAGUUCCCAGAGUUCACGAUGGAAGUGUUUGCUUGGCUUUCACUGCCGUAAUCGCCUCCUGCUCACGGGUACUCCAAUCCAGAACAACAUGCAAGAGUUGUGGGCUCUCCUCCAUUUUAUCAUGCCAUCACUUUUCGACUCCCACGACGAAUUCAGCGAGUGGUUCUCCAAGGAUAUUGAGUCUCACGCGCAAAGCAACACGACAUUAAAUGAGGACCAGCUUAGGCGGCUGCAUUUGAUCCUCAAACCCUUCAUGUUGCGUCGUGUGAAGAAGCAUGUCCAAAAGGAACUCGGAGACAAGAUCGAGCAAGACGUUUUCUGCGAGCUUACUUAUCGACAACGUGCGUACUAUAGGAAUCUGAGGAACCAGAUCAGCUUUAUGGACCUGAUUGAGAAAGCUACAAUGGGCGAUGAUCAGGACUCUGGCACACUUAUGAACUUGGUGAUGCAGUUCCGAAAGGUUUGCAACCACCCGGACCUCUUCCAACGCGCAGAUACCACGAGCCCGUUUUCGGCUGGCUACUUUGCGGAGACUGCCUCAUUUGUUCGCGAAGGGAAUAAUGUUCCGGUCGGAUAUUCGACACGCAGUUUGAUCGAAUAUAAGCUACCACGUCUCGUAUGGUCGGAAGGUGGGAGAUUGUAUAAGGCCGGUGAGAAUAAUGUGCGCGCUGGUUUCCGAAACAAGUAUCUCAAUCAUCUCAUGAAUAUUUGGAAUCCCGCAAACAUACAAGCAAGCACGUCGGGCAACGACGCAUUCUCUUUCUUACGCUUUACCGAUACAAGUCCGCAGGAGGUCUACCAAGCUAGUCAUCAAGAUUUCUUCACUCGCGCUUCCGACCAAACGAAGAAGAGCGACCGACUGGGCCAUAUGCAAGCGAUAUAUGAUGAGCCGGAAGACCAAAAUUAUACGCCAGCCCAUGCGCUGUUCCAAAUCACGGCCAGGACAAAUAAAAGAGCGCUUGCGGAUAUAACCAAUGAAGGUGUGCUCAGCAAUCUCAUGAAUGUCUCCCGCUUGCAGUGGCGCGACUCUGGCCUUAGCCGAUUGGAGCAGGCAGCUCUGCCGGGAGCAUCCGCUCCUCCAGUCGAGGUCUUCUGUGAAGGGACGCGAGCGCCCGUAGCCGAGCGCGAGGACACAUUGUUUAACAUGUCUAUGCGGAAAGCUCUCUAUGGACCCAACUCGAUUGAAGAGAAGACCUUAGUGGAGCGACGAGUGCCUAUUGAGCAAUACCCACAACACGCACUAUUGCCCAAGCCGGACAACGAGAAACGCCGUUUCACAAAUAUCACAGUCCCGAGCAUGCGCCGCUUCGUUACAGACAGCGGUAAACUCGCCAAGCUCGAUCAGUUGCUCUUCAAGUUGAAAGAAGAGGGUCAUCGCGUGCUUUUGUACUUCCAAAUGACUCGAAUGAUUGAUCUCAUGGAAGAAUACUUGACGUACCGCAACUACAAGUAUUGCCGUCUUGAUGGUUCUACCAAGCUCGAAGACCGUCGAGACACGGUCCAUGAUUUCCAAACCCGUCCCGAGAUCUUCAUCUUCCUGCUAUCUACGCGUGCCGGUGGUCUUGGUAUUAAUCUGACAUCAGCCGAUACGGUCAUUUUCUACGACAGUGAUUGGAACCCAACCAUCGAUUCGCAAGCCAUGGACCGUGCUCACCGUCUUGGUCAAACAAAGCAAGUCACGGUUUACCGACUCAUCACUCGGGGCACCAUCGAAGAGCGUAUUCGAAAGAGAGCAAUGCAGAAAGAAGAGGUACAACGUGUCGUCAUCCAAGGUGGUGGUGCCAGAGGUGUCGACUUCAGCGGUCGCCGGCCACCCGAGAACCGCAACCGUGAUAUCGCCAUGUGGCUGGCCGAUGACGAGCAAGCCGAGCUCAUUGAACAGCGAGAGAAAGAGCUCAUGGAGAGUGGUGAGCUCGACAAGGCGAAGAAGCGCGGGGGUAGCAAGCGGAAGCGCGAAGCCGUUAGUCUCGACGAUAUGUACCAUGAAGGCGAGGGUCACUUCAAUGACGAAAAUAAGCCAUCGGGUACCGCAACUCCGGUUGAACCUGAGGCGGCUAAGGCGACCAAGAAACGAAAAGGUGGUAGCAAGAAGGCCAAGACGACGAAGCAGCGCCUCGCCAUUGCCGAUGGGGAAAUGGACAUCUAAUUUAUUCAUAUUUCCUCGUGGUCGUGUAAACUAGUUUAGCUUGUCUCUCUGUCUUUUUCUCCCCCUGUUCCGCGACUUAGAAAGAGAGGCUAGGCUGGCGUUAUGUUUGUAUGAUGUUGAAUU